AUGUUGUUUCUUGUACUAGUUCUUCUUGUUCUGUGUCUCAUCUUUCCUUUGUUUUUGUUCUUGUUCAAACAUAGAACCAUGCCACCCGGUCCUAAAGGUCUUCCCAUAAUAGGAAAUCUUCAUCAACUAGAUAUUUCUAAUCUUUAUCUUCAAUUUUCACAAUUCUCAAAAAUAUAUGGUCCCUUGUUUUCAAUUCAACUUGGUUUAAAACCAGCUAUAGUCGUUUCUUCAGCUGAAAUUGCCAAAGAAGUAUUGAAAAACAAUGAUCUUGUGUUUUCUAAUAGACCUUUACUAUAUGGUCAACAAAAACUAUCUUAUAAUGGAUCAGAUAUUGCAUUUUCUCCAUAUAGUGAUCAUUGGAGAGAAAUAAGAAAAAUUUGUAUUCUUCAUAUUUUUAGUUCCAAACGUGUGUCAAGUUUUUCUUCUAUAAGAAAACUUGAGGUGAAGAAAAUGAUUAAAAAAAUUUCAGGGCAUGUUGAUUCUUCGGUUGUUACAAAUUUGAGUGAGUUAUUAAUUUCACUCUCAAGUAGUAUGAUAUGUAGGAUUGCUUUUGGUAAAAGCUAUGAAGACGAAGGACAUGAGAGAAGUAGAUUUCAUGAAAUGUUGCAUGAGUUUCAAGCUUUGUUAGCAGAAUAUUUUGUUUGUGAUUAUAUUCCAUGCAUGGGUUGGAUUGAUAAACUGAGAGGAUUGCAUGGUCGUGUUGAUAGAUGUUUCAAGGAAUUUGAAGAGUUUUAUGAAGAGAUUAUUGAUCAACAUUUGGAUCCAAAUAGAGAACAAAUUAAAGAUGAAGAGGAUAUUGUUGAUAUCUUACUCCAAUUGAUGAAAGAACGUUCACUUCCUUUUGAUAUCACUUUUGAUCACAUCAAAGGAGUUCUUAUGAACAUGCUUGUUGCUGCAACAGAUACUACAUCAGCCACAUCAGUUUGGGCAAUGACUGCUCUAAUAAAAAAUCCAAGAGUAAUGAAAAAAGUACAAGCAGAAGUUAGGAAUUUGGAAUCCAAAAAAGAUUAUUUAGAAGAAGAUGAUAUUCAAAAUUUUCCUUAUCUAAAAGCAGUAAUAAAAGAGACACUAAGAUUGUAUCUACCUGCCCCACUGCUUGUGACAAGAGAAUCAAGAGAAAAAUGCACUAUAAAUGGCUACAAUAUUCCAGCUAAAACGAUAUUGUACGUGAAUGCUUGGGAUAUUCAUAGAAACCCUAAUAUUUGGAAAAAUCCUAAUGAAUUUUAUCCUGAGAGAUUCUUAGAAAGUUCUAUAAAUUUUAUUGGACAAGAUUUUGAGCUAAUACCCUUCGGAGCUGGUCGUAGAAUUUGUCCAGGUAUAUCUAUGGCAACCGCAUCUUUGGAACUUAUCCUGGCUAAUGUUUUAUAUUUUUUUGAUUGGAAACUUCCACAUGGGUUGAUGGAGAAAGAUAUCGAUACUGAAAUGUUGCCAGGAAUCACUCAACAUAAGAAAAAUCCUCUUCGCCUUGUUGCCAAUAUCCAUAAGUAG